AUGAAGAAGAAGGAGGCAAUGGCGAUGAAUGCGGCGGGUGGUGACGAAUCUAUGAAAUCUGCGCCCGUCCCUACAGCAUUCCCUCUGAGUACCGAUCUCAGGUUAUUUCCAGUGCUUCCGGAGCAAAAAGCGAAGCCAAUAAAGUAUGAGCCGUUCAGAUUGCAAUUUUGCCAUUACAGGGAAGAAGAGAAGCGCCAUAAGUGCCCCGUUGAGGGAUGCAACAAACGCUACAAAAAUCUACAGGGAGUACGUGCUCACACGCGCCAGGCGCAUGGCUCCACCGACGAAGCAGUUGCAUGUGGUGCCGUACCAUUCGAUUUAACAGCUGGUGUUUCUGGACAAGCUCUUGCAACUGUUGCCCAGAGCAGCUCAUCGGGGAGAAGCGCGAAUGUUCGCCCAUAUAAAUGUAAUCAGUGCCCGAAACGAUAUAAGACAAUUGCGGGAUUGAACAAUCACAUUCAGCAGGGCCAUCAGCGUAUCAAUCCCAAAGCGAAUAGCCUAAAACCGAUCCAGCGAAAGAUUGAUUUCAUGGCUUUUUUAUAA